AUGUCCAACGGAAUCUCGUCUGCAGAAGGAUCUCCAAGCUCAGAUCGCGGAAGUUCGUCGGAUUCCGUCGUGAGAUGGCCAAUAGCAGAAGCCCGCGUGGCUGAUCUGAUCUCCCAGAUUCAACCUACAACAAGAGCAGAGGAAAGACGGCUGGCCGUUUCCGAAUACGUCACGAGACUUAUCUCACGUUGCUUCGAGUGCCAGGUGUUUAUGUUCGGGUCAGUGCCUCUGAAGACUUAUCUUCCUGACGGCGAUAUUGACUUAACCGCAUUUUCCCGGGGUCCAACCGUGAAGGACGCGUGGGUUCACGACGUGCAAGCGAUCCUGGAACGCGAAGAGCGGAACGCAGAUGCUCUUUUUCAAGUGAAAGAAGUUCAAUACAUUCACGCGGAGGUCAAGCUCAUUAAGUGUCUCGUGCAGAACAUCGUGGUUGAUAUCUCCUUCAACCAGCUCGGCGGCCUAUGCACGCUUGGAUUUCUCGAAGAGGUGGACGCUCUGAUUGGCCGGAACCACAUUUUCAAGCGGAGCAUUAUUCUGGUGAAGGCCUGGUGUUACUACGAGAGCCGAAUCCUAGGGGCUCACCACGGGCUCAUCUCCACAUACGGCCUGGAGACCCUUGUUCUGUACAUUUUCCACGUGUUUCACAAGGAGCUUCACAGUCCUCUGCACGUGCUUGUCAAGUUUCUCGAGGUGUUUAGCAAGUUCGACUGGGAGCAGUUUUGCCUCAGCCUCAAAGGCCCCGUUCCUCUCUCGUCUCUGCCCACCAUGCUCGCUGAGAGGCCUGGUGGAGUAGAGGACCUGCUCCUCACAGACGAGUUCCUGGCAGAGUGCUAUGCCAAGUACUCGCUGGCUCCCAUGGUCCAGAAGCGGCCGUUCAUGGUCAAGUUCCUGAACAUUAUUGACCCUCUCCUGGACAAUAAUAACCUCGGCCGCAGCGUCAGCAAAGCCUUUUCGAGGAUCAGUUUGUUUGCACAAUGCCUGCAACACCGUGCCAUGGUGACGCUCACAACCGCAUUGAACCGUGCAUGCCUCCUCCUUGCGCCCCCCUGUCGCGCUGUGCCUCCAGCCAACUUCUUCCGCAUCAGGAGCGCGCUGGCGUACGGCUCGCGCAAGCUGAACGCGGCGCUGAACGGGCCAGAGGAGCUGGUGGCGCUGGAGGUGGACCGCUUCUUCCGCAACACGUGGGACCGCAACGCCUCUGGCUCGCGCCCAGACGGCUCCAACCACGAGUUCGUCCUUCAGCACAUGCCCCGGCGCAUGCCGCUGCCGGUCGUGGGUGUUGGUGGGGGAUAUCGGGGGCAAGUGAACGCAGCAGCGGCUCAUGAGAACAAGGCUCCGGGAGAAGGGGAUAUUAUGCGGGUGCCAUACUCUCAUGGGGGGCAGCAUAGCGUGGUGAUGAACGGAAACAUGGCUGGGCAUGUUCCUGGGAACGUUGCUGGGAACGUGGCUGGGAACAUGGGUGGGGGCAUGGGUGGGAACAUGGGUGGGAACAUGGGUAGGCGGCAGCAGGUGCAGGCGUCAGAUGGGCCCCACCGGGUGCCUUAUGGGGGAGGUCAUACCUGGAUCCCUGCUCCUCUGUUCCCUGUGCCUGCCAAUGUGGCGCAUGUUCCCGGUGCAAGGGCUUCCCCUCCUAUGGCUGGUGCCCCGCAGCUGUUUCCCUACAUGGCGCUUCCCAUGCCGCUGCCAACAGCAGCAGGCUUCCCACAGGCGCCUGGCCUCGUGCCCGUGCGACCGGGAGUGUCUGAAGGAGAAGGGCCGUACAGGGGAGCGUUUGGUGUGAGUGACAGUGGUGCUAACGCGGAUGGCCCGGGGGUUUCAGACGCAGCAGCAAACGCUGCUGCUGGUGCUGGUGGUGCUGGUGGUGGUGCUGCUACUGACCAGCUGCAACAGGCGCCAGGCUCGAAGCUGCAGGAGCCAAGGCAAGGGCCAGGAGAGUCGAUUGGUUCAGCAGCAGGAGCAGCAGAGGGAGUGCAGGCCCCGUUACCUGAGGGCGUCAAGUCUGUCACACCCCCUCCAGGACACGUCCCCUUCAUUCCCCUCAUCCGACCUGCCUCUGGCGCUCCUCCCUUUGCCCAAAUUUCCAGCAUGGCCCCGUUCCUCCCACAAAUUCCCAUCAGGGCGCUUCACCUCGCACCCCCCUGGAUGUUCUCCUCCCCCCAUGGCCAUGCGCCCAUGCAAGCCCAGGGUGCUGGCGUGGCAGCUAGUGAUUGGUCGGAUGGGCUGGCCAGGGCGGGCUCGCCUAUGGCUGGAAACGCUCUGGGUCUGUCUGGGUCCGCAGCGGUGGGGAAGAGUGCAGAUGGUGAUGGUAGGGAGGAUGUGGAGAAAACAGGGGCAGGGGCAGGGGCAGGUCCUGGGGCAGGACUCGGGGCAGGACUUGGAGCUAGUCUUGGGGGAGCUCCUGGGGCAGGACCCAGGGCAGCAGCAGUGGCGCCCGUGGUGUUUGUAGGAGAGGGAAAGGCAGGUGUUGGCACUAACAGCAGCAGUGGUGGCGAUGCCAGUGGGUGGAGUGGUGGUGGGAUUGCUGGGCCACAGCUGACCCCGCUAACCUCCACUAGUUCGCCUUUGGUGGGUUCGUUAGCCAUGCCACUGGGCAGGGAAUCUCCAGGGCAGCCACCUGCCUUGAAUAGACCCUCCCCUGGCAUACCCGCCGCAAAUAGACCCUCCCCAGGUGCACCCACCCCUGUGCUCCACCCGACGUCUGCCAUCCCGUCACCCACGUUUGGCCCAUCCAAGCCAAGCUCUGAUCCUACAAAGCAGCUGCCAUAUGUCCCAACCGCCUUCCCUACUGGGGUUCCAGGGGCCUCAGGGGUUCCAGGGGUUCAAGGUGGAGGUUCUGGUGCCAACCCAGGGGGCGUAUUCCCCCUCCAUCCCUUCUCCCGCCCACUAGGUCCCCAAGCUGUGCUGCUGUCUCAUUUAGGAGGGCCUCCGGGUGUCUUCCCCUCGUACGUAUUGGCUAAUACUCCCGUCUCCCAACCAGCUGCUCCCGGCUCACAGGGUGUAGGGCAGGCAGCAGGAGGCAGCGAGGGAGGCAAGGCGGUGCAGGUGCUGCCCAACCCGCAGCUGCUGCAGCCAGGCACGUUUCCUCCUGGGGCGAUACCAGGUGGAAUCUCAGGUGGGAUCUCAGGUGGACCGUACUCCUUCAUGCUCAUGUAUGCCCCCCAACCUGGCAUGUUCUCGGGCGGCGGUGUGCCAGCGGCAGGGGCGGCAGGAGCAGGGAUGGGAGUAGCAGGGCAGGGCGCCGAGCCUGUGGAGCUAGAUCGGCGAGUGCCCGAACCAGAUGAUGAGCCACUAGCCUCGGCAGAGACAGUGACCAUCAGUUGGAGAUCGUCCUUGCGGCCGGGUGAAGAAAGGCAGGCGGCAGGGAAAAAGGGACCAAGAGCUGCCCCCCAGCAAAUUCAGUCCACGGGAUGGGGCAAAGUGGAGGCUGCUGGUGAGGGUGCGGGUAGUGCGUGCGUGAGCAGUGCAGCACAGAGGGAGGAAGGAGGGUUUAAUGAGGCAGGGCGCAGCAACAGCCCUUCCAGUGGAGGCAGCUCAGUGGUGAGUUCAGGGGGAAGAGGAGGAAUAAGCAGUACGGGAGGGAAGGCGGAGAGCAGGAGCAGCGCUGGCAAGAGUGCUGCAGGUGCUGGAGGUGCAGCAAGCUCUGCAGGCUCUGCUUCGCCUCGGGCAGGUGGGAAGGGGAGUGCAGGCGUAGGGGCAGGUCGGAGCGGACAGAGUGGGAGCGGAAGUGGCUCCCCGGUGUUGAACUCUCCCAAAGCAGGGAAAAGAAUAAGAGGGGAAGAUGCUCUGUAUGAACUCAAGGACGAGGAUUUCCCGCCGUUACACACUCCCAAGUGA